UCAGGCCAAAGAUCAUGUAGCUCCUUUCUGAUAAAUGGGUUGGAAUCUUAGAAUCUGACUUUUGUGAGGGUUUUAUGGUUCUCAACCCUAAGGAUUGUGUAUGGAAUUCACGAGUACUUAGUUCUCAACUGGGGACCUUGGUUGGGACUAAGGAGGUUGGGAAAUACAGACAGUUGAUCUGAUGGGCCCUGCUGAAAUACAGGUAGGAUUCCCAUAUGCUUGUGUAAUUAGUGAACGUAGGGUUGUCUGCAAUUAGCAUGAAACAGAAUUCCUAGGUGAAACAAAUCUCUUACAUAAAGAGGAAUCAGAUACAAAUUUCUGGAUUCUUAGAUUGAUAUUCGGUCUGUCACUUGUUACAGGUUGAAUCAAUUACAAAGCGGCAUUUCAUCGCAGAUACAUUAUGCCUCUAUAAGGAUUUUGACCUGAGGCUGAUGCUGUUUACCAGGGAGACUUUUGGACAACUGCCUGAUGACAUGGAUCUACCUAUAAAAGAGCUAAUAGAAUCUGCAAACAUAGAUCCAACUGUUAAGGGGGGGCUGAGCUGGCCUCCAGGAAAGGAAUGUAUUGGAGACAGGUUCUUGGUUGGUGCAGUUUGGCACGACAAAUAUAAGGUUUUCAAAGGUCCAACAAUGACAUUGAAAUUGAGAUAUGCAGAUCGCAAUGAUUUCACGAAUUCCAAAAAAAGGGUAGUCGUCAAGGAAGUUGUUGUGAAGAUGACUGAAAUAACCAAGCAGCUCAAGGAUGGGAAGGUGCCAGGAAAUGAGGCGGUCAAUAGGAUGUUCGAGGAGCAGGUGAAAUUGGUUUGGGAGAAGCUUUUAAUUAACCACAAUCGUCUGUCUCCAUGAAUCCAAAUGCUUGCAAGUCUUACCAUGUAUCUUCUCUCUCUCUCUCUCUCUCUCUCUCUCUCUCUCUCUCUCUCUCUCUCUUGCAUAAUACGGUGCCUACGAUACAGAACAUUGCUUGUAUCCUCACAACAGAAAUUCUUUGAACUGUGUUUAGUCUUCAAUCUUACCUCAUUAAUCUGAAACAUUUAACAAAAAUAAAUAAAUAAGAUCUCUGCUUCUUUUUUUCUUCA